AUGAUUAACCAAUAUGAGAUAGAUAUUACGCAAUUGCUACGCUGGAUCCAGGAACAAGUACAACGUUUUGACCCGAACUUCAAAGAGCUCAAGAGCCUCCAGGCAAUAAAGCAGCAGUUAGCUGAGUUUACAUUCUACAUUCGACAGGAGAAACCGCCAAAAUAUCAGCAACGUUCUUCUCUAGAAGCCCGGUUGUUUGAGAUCAAGGUCAAGCAGAAGAACAUUGGGAUGACGCCUUAUCUGCCUAGUGAUGCAUACAAGUUUCAACAACUCGAUACCAACUGGACUCGUCUGGAAAGAGUAGAAUACGCUUUUGAGACACGUGCCCGUAGGGACCUGCAACGGUAUGUUGAAUGUCAAGGUUUUUAA